AUGCAUAAGCCGAUUCCACUUCGACCACGGUCGGGCUCGGUGGAAUCAGACAGUCGACUUCAUCAACGCGAAUACCCGGAAGCUGCACAAUUCAAGUCUGAGCGUGUUCGAAGUCUUGUGUUGCGGGUGCUGGGAGUGGGGGACACUGUGGCUCCAGAGUUCGCUUUACAAAGUGCAUUAGUGGCCGAGUGUAAUGUAAGGAUCUCUGAAACGGAUUUGUUGGAUUUGAUCGCAUACAGAAGCUGCAUCCAUGAUCUUAUAUUCACUCUUGUAUCGUCCAUUGCGUCCACCUCUGAAGUGGCCAUGGAGGUGGACUCAGAAGAUUCUCUCGGAUCUAUCCUCUUUAUUCCCGAGUUGGACAAAAUUGGAAGUACAAAGGAAGCAAUGGCUCUGAAUUACUUGAUGUCUACAUAUAGUCGUUUGAAUACAGAGAGUCGUAAUGAGUUUUUCCAAGAUUUUGAGAAGCAAAUGUGUCUAGAUCUUCGUGAGUUAGUGUUGUCGAAUAUCGUUAUCCUUCUUCGCGGGUACUACGAGCCUUUCAUGUCGGGCAAAUUGGCGCGUUCAUCCCUAGUUCGCCUACUAUACUCAAAUCUGGUGUUCAAUCCGAUUCUUACACAGCAGAGGGAUUCUAUGAUUUAUCAGCACAUGAUGACGAAUCGUGACGAUUGCGUGCAUUUGUUGUUUCGUGCUGUAAUUCAAUUGAUAUCUGUUCGAGUUGAUGGCAAUAAACGGCCCAUAGCUGAUUUGAUGGUCAAUCGCCCCGACUUUUUACCAGAGCUCGUUACCAACAUCACGGGUCGCGAAAUCGCUCAUCUUUCCUACCUCGGCCCAUUUCUUGGUUACGGGAUUCCAUGUGAUGAAUUUGUUAGUCCUAUCGCAAGCAGAUUUUUUGGUGUGACGGAAGCUCCGAAAGAUGGAGUUAAUAUGAUGUAUGAAAGCUAUCGGCGAAGGUUUGAGACUACCAGAUCCUUAAUGCACCAAAUUGUUCAUCAGUUGGUGGCAAAUCCGUCAUCUCGUGGGCGUUGCCUUGACUAUUUUGCAGCAGUUGUCAAACACAAUGAAAAGCGAGCGCAAAUAAGAGCGGAUUUCGCCACGCUUGCUUCACACACAUACGUCGUAAAUCUGAUGUGCGUGAACCAAAUGUAUCCUUUCCAAAAGAAUAGUCGAGUGGAUAUUGUGGAAAAGACUCGCCUCAAGGUAGACCUUCAGGGUGCCAAAGAGUUUGCAGAAAAGAUUCCUGCUGCUGGCGAGGACAAGUUCACAACAGAAUGCUUUUUCUUAACAAUGCAGUUCGAGAAUAUCUGCCUUCAACCUGCAGUAAAUCGUCUACGCAGUCUUCGGAGACACAUUGCUGAAGUCCGCGAACAGAUCCGGAACAGCUCACGUCGAAGUGGAUUGUUCGCUGAACAUGAAAAGAAUAGAAUUAAUCACAAAAUAAAAGCUCGCACCGAACAGAAACUGUCCUUCAAACGUCAUACGGCAAUCCGUUAUGAGAGCGAACUACCAACAGUUGCUCCGCCACUGUUCGCCGCCUAUCCCAGAGUUCAUUGGAUGAUGUGGUUUGAGGUGGUCAUGAUGCUCACUCCUGCUGUUAUGCCGGCUGCACAAAAUCUGUGGUACCAGGUGAUAAACAGCCCAAUGGCAAUGGAAAUCAGCCUUCCAUUUGUGGUAAAAUUGAUGUUUGCUCCUCCGGAGCCUAUCAGAGGUACAUUCGGUUUCAGAGCUUGCGGUCCCGAGUUUAUUCGAUUCAUAAAUAUGGUCAUCAACGAUGCUACAUUCUUGCUGGAUGAGAGUUUGGCAGCGCUGAAAAAGAUCCAUGAUGUGGAACUAGUAAUGUCCAACAAAGAAGAAUGGGCAGCGCUUGGAAGGGAGGAACAACAACAAAGGGAGGGCAUAUUAGAAGAUGCGAAGAGCAGUAAAACGCCUCUCCAUUGGUGUCUUCUGGCGCUUUCUCUAAACCAUGAUUAUUAUAUAUAUGCGAAGGAUACAUUAGAACUGCUGGGAUAUCUGACGAGAGAUGCCCCACAGCCAUUUGCCCAAGAUGUGCUUGGUGACAGAUUAGCGUCAAUGCUCAACCACAAUAUCGCACAACUUUGUGGGCGGAAAUGCAUGGAGUUGAAGUUAACAGGCUCUUACAUCCCCGAAACUAGAUCUUAUACGCCACAGAUGAUGAACGACGUCAUUCGUCGUCUUCAGAGCAAUAAUAUCGUUCCUAUCAGUCAAAUCGAAAGAUUCCGUGCCUUAGCUGAAAAGGUUGAAACGUUGUAUAACAACAAAGCAGCUCAAGAAAUGGAACUGGAAGAUGCUCCCGAAGAAUUCAAGGAUCCUGUAAUGGAUACGCUAAUGGAAGAUCCAGUCCGAUUACCAUCUGGUCAUAUCAUGGAUCGAAAGCAUAUCAUGCGGCAUCUGCUCAGCAGUCAAACGAAUCCCUUUAAUCGUGCCCCACUCACCGAAGAGGAACUAGAGCCUGUUGCUGAGUUGCGGCAGCGGAUACGAGACUGGGUGAAGGAGAAACUCGGAAAGUAG